GGCGCAGUGUUUAGAGCGCGGGAUUUCAUCCGUCACUGAUUUCCUGGGCGAAAUGACAGGCAUAACAGUUGUAUUUGUCUGCCCACUGACUAGUAAAUAUCGCCAUUCACUCACUAUUUCCUGAAAUUACUGUUUCUAUACCAGUCUCCCCAAGUCACAUAAAAAUGAGGCCCCACAAAUGGACACUGGGGUUUGCUGGUUGCCGUACCUUUAAAACAGCCAUAACACUAACCAGCGUUUUUCUCUUCUUUUUUCUGGUGCUGUUACAUGGGGUCAGAUGGAUUCAGCUCCGAGGAGUAAUUGGACACAUGGAGAAGCCCUUCCGGAUCUCAUUGGAACAUGUUGCUGAAGAACAGGGAACGGUCGCUGCCAUUGAUUCCUUCGCUAUUAAGAACUGCAGUCAAGGAAACCUGUCGGGACUGAAGAUGGCGCUGGACGGCGUAUUUAACUGCAGAAACGGUAUGGCGAUUAAACUGCGCCAAGUGUGCAAUUUCAUUCCCGACUGCGAAGAAGAAGAAGACGAAGGAGACUUGUGCAGAAAUCUGCCCCCUGGAUUUUAUUGCAUGUUUGAGGAGGGCAGUUGCGGAUGGGCGCUGAACCAUUUUCAUCCUCGGUGGCAAAUUGGGACCAUAGGGAAGUCGCCAGGCUCCGUGCUGUACCUGAACGUCAGCAACUCCAAAACUGCUGAGAGGGUCGUCCUGAGCAGUGUGUUGUUCCCCGUGCCCCUCAAGAACUCCUCAUGUGAGCUUCGGAUGUCAUUCCUGCUGAAGGGAUUUCUGCUGGGGAACAUCUCUGUGCUGCUUGUUGACAAUAAAACUGGGAAGACACGGACCCGGCCUCUCUGGAGUUUCCAAAACGGGGAAGGUUUGGGAGUCUGGCAGCACAUUGUUCUCUAUCUUAAGGAUGUUAUGGAGAGGUUUUGGCUUGAGAUCCAUACGUCGUGGUCCAAGGAUUCUGAUUCAAUUAUUGCUUUUGACAAUGUGUCACUGAGCCUGGGCUGUUACCUAACAAGUCAUGGAGAGCUGCCCUUGCCAACUGUCUCUUACCUUUCAAGCAACCUCCUAAUGGAGAGCAGCAACCAAAAGCUGAACGAGACAGAACCAGAGGAGCAGGAAGAAGAUGUGAGCUCAGGUCUCCACUCCAGCAGUGCAGGUUAUUGGCAUUUUACAACUUGUGGGGCCACUGGACCCUAUGGACCAAGCCAGAAGCUCUGUGAUGACACCUACAAGAACUUCAGUGUAGAGAUAGGAACUGGAGUGCUUAAAGGUGUGCAGAUGUGGAGAGUUCCAGAAACCAACACAUACAGGAUAUCAGGUUAUGGAGCAGCAGGUGGCAAUGGAGGGAAGACUCCUACAUUGGCUCAAGGCAUCUCCAUAAUUGGGAUCUUUGAGCUCCAGAAGGAUGAUCUCCUGUAUAUUCUGGUUGGACAGAAAGGAGAAGAUGCCUGCCCCAGGGCCAGUUCUGUUCUGCAGAUGGUUUGUAUUGGAGAAAACACUGAGAUUGAGGAUGAAUUGCGGAUUAACGGCAGCGUGAGCGAAUGGGCGGGUGGAGGAGGUGGUGGUGGUGGAGCAACAUACGUGUUCAAGAUGGAAAAUGGAAAGCCCGUCCCUUUACUGAUCGCGGCAGGAGGAGGCGGGAGGGCAUUCCGCUCCAAGGCCAAUAUAAUCCCUCCUGAGAGGCUGGAGAGCAAUUACACCAUCCCAGGACUGAAUGGGAAAUCUGGGGCAGCAGGUGGCGGUGGCGGAUGGAGUGAUUACACUGUUUUACCAUGGGCUGGCAAGUCCCUCAUGGAAAGUGCCAUUGGAGGAGAAUCCUGCCCCCAGGCCAUUAAGAAAUGGGGCUGGGAGACUAGAGGCGGAUUUGGAGGGGGAGGAGGGGGAUGUUCCUCAGGAGGAGGAGGAGGAGGGUAUAUUGGAGGAAAUUCUGCUGACGGUAACAACCCAGAAAUGGACGGACUGGAAGGUGUGUCCUUUAUCAGUCCCCGUGGGGUUGUCUAUACCCCUCCCUUAAAAGUGAUAGAAGGGCACGGGGAGGUGGAGAUCAAACUGCACCUUAACUGCAGUCACUGUGAGAUAGACGAGUGCCUCCUGGAUGCCGAGAGCAAGAGAAUCAUAUGCCUGUGUGAGCGCAACACAGUCCUGGCGGAGGACGGGGUCUCCUGCAUUGAUGAGGCGCUACUUCCUGCCCAGGAGACGCAUCUGUCGUUGUCGCUGGUUUUAUCAAUUGUGACGUCGGCCCUGGUGGCUGCUCUCAUACUGGCUUUCUCUGGGAUAAUGAUAGUGUAUCGGAGGAAACACCAGGAGCUACAGGCCAUACAGAUGGAGCUGCAGAGCCCGGACUAUAAACUCAGCAAGAUCCGAACCUCCACAAUCAUGACGGAUUAUAACCCCAACUAUUGCUUUGCUGGGAAGGUAACGUCUAUUGGCGAUCUCAAGGAAGUGCCCCGCAAAAAUAUUUCCCUUAUAAGGGGUUUGGGACAUGGGGCAUUCGGAGAAGUGUAUGAAGGGCAAGUGCAGGGUACUGCAAAUGACCCUAACCCUUUAAAGGUGGCAGUGAAGACACUUCCUGAGGUUUGUUCUGAGCAAGAUGAACUGGACUUUCUGAUGGAAGCCCUGAUCAUAAGUAAAUUCAGCCACCAGAACAUAGUGCGGUGCAUUGGUGUGAGUCUGCAGGCGCUGCCCCGAUUUAUUCUCCUGGAGCUCAUGGCUGGAGGGGACCUGAAAUCCUUCCUCAGACAGACCCGGCCCAGGCUGAACCAGCCUUCCUCCAUCACCAUGUUGGACCUAUUAAACGUGGCUUGUGACAUUGCCCAAGGCUGCAAGUAUCUGGAGGAAAACCAUUUCAUUCACAGGGAUAUUGCUGCAAGGAAUUGUCUCCUUACCUGCCAGGGGUCUGGAAGGGUGGCCAAGAUUGGAGAUUUUGGAAUGUCUCGGGACAUAUACAGGGCCAGCUAUUACAGGAAGGGGGGCUGCGCAAUGCUGCCUGUGAAAUGGAUGCCCCCCGAGGCCUUUAUGGAAGGAAUCUUUACAUCUAAGACUGACACGUGGUCCUUUGGAGUCCUGCUCUGGGAGAUCUUCUCUUUGGGAUACAUGCCCUACCCCAGUAAGAGUAAUCAGGAGGUGCUGGAGUUUGUAACAAGUGGAGGAAGAAUGGAUCCCCCAAAGAACUGCCCGGGACCUGUGUAUCGCAUCAUGACCCAGUGCUGGCAACAUCAGCCAGAAGACAGGCCAAAUUUCACCAUCGUGCUGGAGAGAAUCAACUACUGCAAACAGGACCCAGAUGUGAUUAACACUCCGCUGCCAGUGGAGUACGGCCCAGUGGUGGAAGAUGAGGAGAAGCCCCCUGUUCGCUCAGAUGACCCGGACGUUAUUCCACCACCCUUAGUUACACCAGAAAAGUCCAUCAAAGAUGACUUGCGGCCCCUACAUUUUCCCCCACCUGUUCCUCCCAACACCCGAGGGAAAAUACCAAAUAAAGUGCACACAGAGCCUCGUGCUCCAGCCAAAUCCAGGCCUGUGGUGGACGGCGGCCAUGAUAACAUGGUGUUUGCUCAGUCCAACUCCCAGUCAGAGCUUCACAGCAGGAACAAACCGACAAACCUCUGGAACCCGACCUACGGCUCUUGGUUUACUGGGAAAACAGUGGUGAAAACUCCUGCCUCUGCAGAUAAACCGUCCCCCGAAAUAGAGGACCCUGGAAAGCCAGGCUUAGGGAAUGAGGGGAACUGCACAGCUGCUAGUCUUGUUACUGGGAGUAGACUCCCUGGAUCCUCUGUUCUACUGGAACCAUCAACACUGACUUCAAACAUUCAGGAAGUGCCUCUCUUUAGGCUCCGCCACUUCCCAUGUGGCACAGUUAAUUAUGGCUACCAGCAGCAGGGCUUACCUGUAGAGUCUCCUGUGGCCCCGCCCCCAUGCCAACAAAAAGACUCCGCCCCUAGGAGUAAAAGUAGCAGUGUCCAGGAGAAACUCUAAUCUCAGAACCACAAGGCGGACUGUUCCACCAGGAGACUCUUUCUAGUAUCAUUCUUAUAGAGGAGAAGCCAAUACAAUAUUUUUUGAGGCAACGCUGUAUCGCCGCACGCAGCCACUCCCAUCACAUCUAUAGCGACUUCCCCAGCGCAUGACUCCGCCUGUGCUUCACCCGCAUCAUUCACCACAAGGAUCUCGUUUGGAUUCAACUCCCAGAGAUAAAAAAAGGGAAACCGCAGAUAGAAAAACUAUAAACCAUGAAUACCACAAAAACGAACAGUCUAAACAGGACUUCUCCUGAGGCCAAAGCCUUGUUUCUGUUGGUUAUUCUGUUAUGGGGAAAUUAAAGGGGAACUAUCGCGAAAAUUAAAAUUUAAAGGGAUCCUGUCAUCAGAAAACAUGUUUUUUUUA